AUUUUUUUUGCUUGUAUCGGUUGCCGUGGAGAUCAGACGUCGCCCGGAAAUGUUGAAAUCACAUACGAACGAGAAGGAUGAGAAGCUGUUUUAUUGCAUUUUAUUUGCAUUUUAUUGUCCAAAGUGAAUGACUCAACACCCGCUCUCAUAUUUGUUACUAUUUGGGUCCUUAACUGUUUAGUUUCCAUUUUCAGUUCCUUAAAAACGGGCCACACAAGGUCGUCAUGCCUCCCAAGAAAAAGGGUAAAAAGGGCCCCAAACUGACCAAAGCUGAAAAGGCGAGGCUGAAGCUUGAGGAGGAGCAACGGAGGUUGCGAGAGGAAGAGGAGGCCCGGAUUCAAGCCGAGCGAGAAGAACAGGAAAGGUUGGAAAGGCAAAGAAGACAGGAAAUAUUAGAUAUGCUUGAGGCGAAGGACAGCAAACGCAGGGGCGCUGAGGUGGGAGAACUACGCUCCCUUCUGGCAAAGAAUUAUUUGGCUGUCAUGAAAUAUAAAAGUGAGGCCGCACAAAUGUCCAAGUGGAAAAAAUACAUGCAAUGUAGUGACAUCCCGGACCCGGCAGUGCAGCAGGAUAUCAACACGUUUAUCAGCUUGUGGAGGGAUGACCCGGAGUGCAGCAUAAAGACCGUGUUCCAGCAGUGUAACGUCGCCCUACAGCUGAUCGAAGAGCUGGAGAUGCUGCUCAGGGAGGUGACCGAUGCAAAUUACAUCCCCAAAUACCAGGAAACACUCUUCCAUCUCCAGGACAUGGUCUAUGCCAAGAUUCUCAACAUCAGCAUGGACAUCCUCAAGGGAGCCAGCAAUUGCAUUGAUACGGAGACAGGCAACAUGCAGGCGGUGAUGAAAGACAAAAACACCACGGUGUGUGUGUGGGCCAAUCUCAUGAGGAAGUCAAGGUUUAAAUGUUUGACCUUCGAGGAGGUGGGCAUGGGCUUUGAGCUGACCAAGCAGCUCGCGAUGAGCAACAUUGCCGUGCGGGUCCUUCACACCAGCUAUGACCACUUGUCCACAGUGUCCAGGAUGACGCACAUGGAAAUAACCGUCGCACCACCCAGGUUGCUUACCACAUUCGAUGAGCUUCCGCCGGAGAUACCGGAGCAGGAUGAAGAACCGAAGGAGACGCAGGAGGAGGUGCAGGAGGAGCAGGAAGAGGAGCCCGCCCAAGAGCAGGAGUCGGAGCAAAUUGUGGAAGAGGAAGAGCCACCAGCCCGAGAGUCUGAAGAGGCCAAGCCUUCAGAAAGUCAACUGUCAGGCGCCAGUGUCCAUGCAGAGGACGACGAAAACCAGAUCGUAACGCAGAUGGAGGUCCUUGCAGCCGAGGUGACCCCUCCGCCACCAGAGGACGACAUGAUGUUUUACGGUGAGGGUGUCGAGGCAGUGGACCUGAGGAAGUACACGCCUCUGGGUGGAGUCUUCUACUACGAAUUGUUCCACCUUCCGCCGCAAUCUCAUCACGUCAAAGGCUGGGAAAUUCGAAAGAUAUCGGAAGCCAGGUUGAAAGCUUUCCAGUAUAUUCCCGAGAAAUCAAACCAAACAGAAGAUGAGGAAGCCACUUGCCCACUUGUCGGUUUGUCUGUGAGGCUCCCUGAUACGGUGGUCUUCCUAGAAACCCCUCGAGUGGGCCGCUGGGAUGCAGAAGGCAAGUAUUGGCGGACGGACGGUAUCAGCGACUUCUCUGUAAAAGAGCAUGCGCAAAAUGAGGAGGGGGAAGAGGAAGAGGGAGAGGUGGCGGAGGUGGAGGAGGCGGGCGGGGUGACAAAGGUGUCCUUCAAGAUGGACUCUUUCUACCCAUUCGUACUGAUGCAGCACACCUACGCCAACUUUCCCUUCCGGAGUUGGGAGCUGCGCCCGCUUGGUAAAGACUCGGCUCUCUUCAGCAUCCACGGGGCACUCAUUGACCUCAGCAUAACCAUCCAGGGGAAUCAGUGCAUGCUGCAAACAGACCGAGAGGUGGCCCUCACCAACCUUUUUGGCAAGUGGAUGAGCGCGCCCGACCUGCAGCAGGCCAUGGUCAAGGCGGGGAUCAACGUCUUCGUCAACGAACACACCGAGAAGUUCGUCACUUCCUGUCGCAAGGACCCACUUAGGGAACACGUUGCCUAUGAACAGAUGGCCCUGUUCGCAUCGGUCUGCGCCUUCUCAUGGAGCAAAUGGAACGCCCAAUGUGGUCCGGAACAUCUUGUCAUUAAGGUCUGUGAGCACCAAGGCCUUAACCCGCCACCCGAAGACCUGUGGAGUCUCUACCUGGUGGCGGCUCAGAGAUUCCAAAAGUUGGAGAUAACGGAAACGAGUGAGGUUUUCUGCGCCGACCACCAUCCCGACAGCGAGUUUCACUCCACCUUCAUCCACAUGCUGCAGGACAACAUGAGCCCCGAAGGGAUAAGUCGAACCCGAGAGGCUCACUUCCUCUUCGUGGACACUGUUCAGAGUCUGUUCUGCGCCACCAGGCCGCUCAUGUUUUGCUAAACCCUGUGCGGGAUAAAAACACGUUACAUUCCAUUGUA